CCGGAGAAGAAAAACACUGCAUGACUGUGCAGCACCAAAUGCCACAAUGCAAGGUCAGGAAUCUAAUCGAUAUCAGAUGCAACCCUGCCGCAUUCAUGCAAAGCUUAUCUCGGGUUGCAUACUUCAGCCUUUAAUAGCCCGUGCUUCCUCACAUCGUCCUCUCUAAUGUCUUUACGUCAUAUGGCAGAUUCUGAGCAAUCUGUGCGUUCGCGAUGGGUCUACGUCAUCCUCUGUGUUUCCCCCAGCAGCAUCAGUUUGCCAUCACAUCUCUGGGAAGUGCCGCCUCUCCUCGCCGUGACCGCAAAUUUGACUUGUCGCUUAUGCCCUCAACGCGUUGCAUGAGUGCGGCGGGACGUGCAUGCUAAGGCAGGUGUCUGAUGUGUGAUCCGCAGCGGUGAGGCAGACAGCAGCGCGCAACAUGACCGAGCUAGUGGUGCGGACACUUCCGUCUCCUUCAGGUGUGCAGGGUCCCGGCCCGGACGCUUAUAAAGGAUGGCUCUUUAAAUGGACCAACUACCUGAAGGGUUACCAGCGCCGGUGGUUUGUCCUGAGCAACGGCCUCCUGUCGUACUACAGGACUCAAGCAGAAAUGGCACACACCUGCCGAGGCACGAUCACCUUGGCGACGGUGCACAUAGAGGUGGGCGACACCUGUCACUUUGUGCUGACGAGUGGAGGGCGGAGCUAUCACCUGAAGGCAUAUUCAGAGGGCGAGUGUCAGCGCUGGGUUUCUGCUCUGCAGCAGGCCAAAGUAAACGCUACUCAGAUGAUGCCUCAUUCAGAUGAUUCUGGAGAUGAGGCUCCACUAGCCCAGCCAGAUCGUGCUCUGAUCCAGGGGGCGCUCAAAACUCUGGCCAGCAAGCUUGAAGACCUCAGCACCUGCAACGAGCUCAUAGGGAAGCACGGAGCCGCCCUCCAGCGCUCCCUCAGUGAACUAGAGGACCUGCGAGCCUCCAGCGACGGCGUCGAUAAACUGAAGACCGUCAACGAGCGAGCCACUCUCUUCCGCAUCACUUCCAAUGCUAUGAUCAAUGCCUGCCAGGACUUUGUGGAUCUAGCGGAAGCACACAGCCGGCGGUGGCAGCGUGCACUGCAGUAUGAACGGGAACAGCGCCACCAUCUGGAGGAGACUAUUGAGCAGCUAGCAAAACAGCACAACAGUUUGGAGAGAGCCUGGAGAGAAUCACCUAGCACACACAAUAAAGGGGCAGAAGGAACACCGGAGGGAGAAUCCAGUGAAGAAAAUGAAGACAUAGAGUUCUUUGAUGCCAUGGAAGAUUCUCCCGCCUUCAUCGCAGUGCCUGCAGACAAUCACUCACAACACAGACACUUGAGCAGUAAUCAGAGCGUGACCAGUGGAAGUUUAUCCAGUAAUUGGAGCCAGGAUGACAAUGAUGGUUCCGGUAGUUACUUGCGCAGGGGCAGACGCUGUCGUAUCCCAGAUAAGCCCAACUACUCCCUGAACCUGUGGAGCAUUAUGAAGAAUUGCAUUGGAAAGGAGCUCUCGAAGAUCCCCAUGCCUGUGAACUUCAACGAGCCAUUAUCAAUGCUGCAGCGUCUGACAGAGGAUCUUGAAUAUAGUGAGCUCUUGGACCGGGCAGCACGCUGUGACUCAUCUCUGGAACAGAUGUGUCUUGUGGCCGCCUUCUCUGUCUCAUCCUAUUCAACCACUGUCUAUCGCACAGGGAAACCCUUCAACCCCCUGCUGGGAGAGACCUAUGAGCUGGACCGCGUGGAGGAGUAUGGAUACCGUUCCAUCUGUGAACAGAUAUGUCAUCACCCUCCGGCGGCUGCCCACCAUGUGAUUUCACAGCGAGGAUGGACCCUGUGGCAGGAGAUCACCAUCGACAGCAAAUUUCGUGGCAAAUACAUCUCGAUCAUGCCGCUAGGCAACAUUCACCUGAAGUUCCACUCAAGUGGGAAUCAUUAUGUGUGGAGUAAGGUGACUUCCACUGUGCACAAUAUAAUCGUGGGCAAACUAUGGAUAGAUCAAUCUGGGGACAUAAUGAUCAUGAACCAUAGGAACAAGGACAAAUGCCACCUCAAAUUCUCCCCGUACAGCUAUUUUUCGAGGGAUGUUCCCCGCAAGGUAACGGGCGUUGUCAUGGAUGGCGACAGCUGUGCCCACUACAUUCUCUCUGGAACAUGGGAUGAUAAAAUGGAAAGUGCAAAGAUCAUAGAAAGCAGCCAUGGCUGUGGAGGAUCUGAGGGCAAGCAUAAAACAGUCUAUCAGACUCUACCACCAAAAUUACUGUGGAAGAAAUACCCUCUUCCUGAGAAUGCAGAGAACAUGCAUCACUUCUCUUCUUUGGCUUUGACUCUGAAUGAGCCAGAGGAUGGCGUGGCCCCUACUGACAGCCGCCUACGGCCCGACCAACAGCUGAUGGAGGCAGGCUUGUGGGACGAAGCAAACGCUGAGAAACAGCGUCUGGAGGAGCGUCAGAGACUGGAGAGGAGGAAGAGAGAAGCCCAGGCCAAUCUUGCACUAGAGGAGGGUAAGGAGGCUGAGAGCUACCAGCCCUUGUGGUUUGAGAAAAGGACUGAUACAGAGACAGGUGAGAGCAGCUACGUGUAUAAAGGAGGCUACUGGGAAGCCAAAGACAAACAGGACUGGAGACAGUGCCCUGCCAUCUUUUGAAUCCUCUCUUCCAUACCAAGACCAGCGUUGCCAUUCCAAGUCAUCCUGUAUUAGGAAAGCUGCUUACCAAUGUUUCCCUAGAUGUGAAAUAUGCAGAUUCCAAAGCACCCAUAUGCAUGUGUGUGUGUAUGUAUAUAUGUAUAUAUAUAUUUGAUGUGCAUUCAUGGGGGAAUUGAGAGAACCUUGUAUUGUAGCAGGAAAAAUUCACAUUGCAUGAAAAACUGUUCUAAGCACAAUAGAUGGAGGCAGACGAUGAUCUGGGGAAUGUAACACUUUACCAGGGAAACAAUUCUUCCUCAAAGCUGAUUUAUACCCAGUUUCAGGUCAACUGUACAAUAUCCAUGAAUUAUUCACCAUUUUGUGAUUUAGAGCACAUGCUUCUUUUGAAGUGUGGCCGAAUGCCCUCAAGACUGUGUUCCUAUAUUGAGCUGUAGUAUAGUUUCAAUAGUGCACACAUGGUUCAUAAUAGAAUCCAGGUCAGUGAAUUGAUGUUGCAAAAUAACAAUUGUUGAGGCUUAGAUAUUUAAUGCAAGAAUUUGUUUUUAGCUGCCUGUUUAGUUAUUUAGCACAAGUGUAAUGUAAAUGUUAUUGUGUAGGUGAUGCAUUAUGAAUUAAUAGAAAUUCUCCAUAUAGAGUCAUGGAUAAACGUUUGCAAACAUGCUAGAAAAAUCAAACUAUCAAGAUUUUUUUACUUAAAUAGAUUAAUAAUAAUUGCACAUCAUUCCAGUAUAUGGCUUAUCUGCAUGCAGUGCAGGUUUUAUUUUAAAUUAUUAUGCAAAUUAAGCUUGCACUUUAUUAUGUUUAUAUAUUUGACACUCGCAGGAAGGUACCGUAUCAGUUCACAUUUUAGCGUGUUUUGCAAACCUUUGACCUUGACUAUAUUGUCAAAAAAUUUUGUGGUGGCAAAAAUUUUGUGGUGGCAAUAAUUUCUAGUUUCCAGUAUUAUCUGCUGAAACAUUUACGCUACAUACUUCAUUCAUGCUGCAAGGAACAGUGGGCCGGAAAUGCUGACCAUAAACUGUAUCUAUAAUGAGGAGGAAACAAAGAGUGUACUAAAUAGUAAAUACAUUGAAGACUGACUGAUUUACUAAACCUUGAGACAGCCUCAAAAAGGACACUUUCCAUUUAACAGUAUCAACCAGACAUAUUAAUAACAUUAAAAAUCUAAUUAUAACUAGAAUUGAGUAACGAUGAUACUGAUAUGGCAACAGUGAAAGUAAUCUCAAUGUAUAACAUAUGAAAGAAGGAAAUUAACAAUAUUUAUAUGUGCAGUAUCUCAAGGGUUAUCAAUGGUUGGUUGAGGUCAGUUGGUUUGUUUUGUAGCAUUUAAUUUCUUUUUAUGGCCAGAGGUUGGCGCCAUGUACUUGGCUUACAAUAACUGGAUAAUGAUUUCUAACUUAAAGCAACUUCAUGCCGUUUCUUUACCUUAAAAUAACAGUUUUAAAAUAAUUCUGAGUCUGCUAUCAGUUCUAAUAAGGCAAAUGUCUUAUUGCCUUGAAUAUGUAAUUUUGGUGAAAAAAAUAAUAUCUUUAUAGCACUAACAAAUGCUUGUGCAGCUAUACGCUGUAAUUAUAAAAGUGGUAUAUUUACAGCAGUGACUUUUAAACCUGACUUUAGGGGCGCCAAAGUCGCAAAAAAUACACAUAAUACACUUUUUUUUGCCUUUAUAAAGAUAUUACAGUGUAGAGCAGACAGGAAGUGAAGUGAAGAUCCUUGAGCCAGAAUAUGAACUCGGGAUGUUUGUAACGUAACGACUUUAAAUGUCAGCCUAGUGAGCAAGUGUGCCAUCAGCACCAACAUAUACACAAACUACAUAGAGAUGCUUUGAGCUACAUGGUAAAAAUCUACGCAGUAUUUUUUAAAUUUUCUAGGAGAAAUGCACUCUCACAACAAACAUAUGCUGAAAUCUACAGGGUGAAUAUAAACGUGAAUUAUUUAUUUUUACAUUAUCUCAAUGUUCCGCAUUUUGAACAAGACACUUUUAAGCUGCAGUUGCGCUCAAAUAUUUUUUUUAUUUAACAUUGAUAAAAUGUCUGGAUGUUUUGUUCCACGUCAAUUAAUAUAAAAUAAAUGUGUGACAAUA